UCUCAGUCUCAGUCUCUCAGGCUCUGAUUUUCUAGCAGCCAACUCAGCAACACAAGCAUCCUUGAUUGCUGAUCCUAAUCCAGAACGAAAGCCAUCUUCAUCUCCGAAAAGAAACAAUUGCACCAUCUCUCUUUCUCUCUCUGCUUUCUCGCUCCUUUUCCCUCCCUCCACCAUGCACCUUUUAUGCUGCUAACCACAGACCGAACUCAUCCUCUCCCCUCCCCUGCAUUGUCUCCCGGCUGUCAUGCAAAUGGACAUGCUCAGCAUCGUCCUCCUCCUAUCCUCGAUCUACGCAUCGGUGCCAACGCCGGUGGCAGCGGCGGAGACCGACGCGCAGGCGCUCCUGCGGUUCAAGGCAUCCAUCCAGAAAGAUCCCAGAGGAAUUCUCUCAUCUUGGCAGCCGAGUGGGAGUGACAGUCCAUGCAGCUGGUAUGGCGUGGCGUGCAACGACGAUGGGAGGGUGACGCGGCUCGACCUCGGCGGCUGUGACCUUGCUGGGCGCGCGUCGCUCGCCACGCUCUCCACCGUCGACGCGUUGUGCCACCUCAACCUGUCCGGCAACGGCGCGUUCCAUGCCGACGCUGCCGACCUGCUCAGCCUCCCGCGCGCGCUGCAGAAUCUUGAUCUGUCCUACGGCGGCCUCUCCGGCAGCCUCCCGGGGGACCUGCUCACGCGGUACCCCAACCUCACCGACGUAAGCCUCGCGAGGAACAACCUCACGGGCGCGUUGCCGGAGACGGUCCUCGCCGGCGCGCCGAGCAUCAGGUCGUUCGACGUGUCUGGCAACAACCUGUCCGGUGACAUUUCCAGGAUGUCGUUCGCUGAGACGCUCACACUGCUCGAUCUGUCAGAAAACCGUUUCGGCGGCGCGAUCCCGCCGGCGCUGUCGCGCUGCGCGGGGCUCAGGACGCUCAACCUGUCGUACAACGGCCUGGCCGGGACGAUACCGGAAUCUGUCGCCGGCAUCGCCGGCCUCGUGGUGUUCGACGUCUCGUCCAACCACCUCACCGGCGUAAUCCCCGACAGCAUCGGGAACGCGUGCGCGUCGCUGCAGGUUCUCAAGGUGUCGAGCAACAACGUUUCUGGAUCCAUCCCGGAGUCCCUGUCGUGGUGCCGUGCGCUCCGGCUGCUGGACGCCGCCAACAACAAGCUGUCCGGCGCCAUCCCGGCCGCCGUGCUCGGCAACCUGACGUCACUCGAGAGCCUGCUGCUCAGCAACAACUUCAUAUCGGGGCCACUCCCCAGCACGAUCUCUUCAUGCGCGAACCUCAGGAUCGCCGACCUCAGCAGCAACAAGAUCUCUGGCGCGCUGCCAGCGGAGAUCUGCUCGCCCGGCGCGGCACUGGAGGAGCUCCGGCUGCCGGACAACCUGGUCACCGGGACCAUCCCACCGGGUCUGUCCAACUGCUCGCGGCUGAAGGUGGUCGAUUUCAGCAUCAACUAUCUGCGCGGCCCAAUCCCGCCGGAGUUCGGACGGCUGCACAGCCUCGAACAGCUGGUGAUGUGGUUCAACAGCAUCGAGGGCCGGAUCCCGGCAGAGCUGGGGCAAUGCCGGAGCCUCCGCACGCUGAUCCUGAACAACAACUUCAUCGGCGGCGACAUCCCCGCCGAGCUGUUCAGUUGCACCGGCCUUGAGUGGGUGGCGCUGACGAGCAACCGGCUGACCGGCACGAUCCGGCCGGAGUUCGGGCGGCUGACCCGGCUCGCCGUGCUGCAGCUUGCAAACAACAGCCUGAAGGGCAGAAUUCCCAAGGAGCUCGGCAACUGCAGCAGCCUGAUGUGGCUGGACCUGAACAGCAACCGGCUCUCCGGGGAGAUCCCGCGGCGGCUCGGCCGUCAGCUUGGAUCGACGCCGCUGAGCGGGAUCCUGUCCGGCAACACGCUGGCGUUCGUGCGGAACGUGGGGAACUCGUGCAAGGGCGUCGGCGGGCUGCUGGAAUUCGCCGGCAUCCGGCCGGAGCGGCUGCUGCAGGUGCCGACGCUCAAGAGCUGUGACUUCACGCGGCUCUACUCCGGCGCGGCGGUCAGCGGGUGGACGCGGUACCAGACGCUGGAGUACCUCGACCUGUCGUACAAUGAGCUCUCCGGCAGCAUCCCCGAGGAGUUCGGCGACAUGGUGGUGCUCCAGGUGCUGGACCUGGCGCGGAACAACCUCACCGGCGAGAUUCCAACGUCGCUCGGGCGGCUGCGAAACCUCGGAGUGUUCGAUGUGUCGCACAACGGCCUGACCGGCGGCAUCCCGUACUCCUUCUCCAACCUCUCGUUUCUGGUGCAGAUCGACGUGUCCGACAAUAACCUCAUCGGUGAGAUCCCGCAGCUCGGGCAGCUCAGCACGCUGCCAGCGAGCCAGUACGCGGGCAACCCGGGCCUCUGUGGCAUGCCGCUGCUGCCGUGCGGGCCGCCGCCGAGGGCGACCGCGUCGGUCCUGGCGGAGCCCGACAGCAGCCGUUCUGACAAGCGCACCAUGGGUACCGUGAUCCUGGUCGUGCUGGUCGCCGCCGGUCUGGCGUGCGCUCUGGCGGCGGCGUGCGUGGUGGCGGCGCGCGCGCGGAGGAAGGAGGCACGCGAGGCGCGGAUGCUGAGCAGCCUGCAGGACGGGACGCGCACGGCGACGACGUGGAAGCUGGGCAAGGCGGAGAAGGAGGCGCUGAGCAUCAACGUGGCCACCUUCCAGCGGCAGCUCCGGCGUCUGACGUUCACGCAGCUGAUCGAGGCGACGAACGGAUUCUCCGCCGGCAGCCUGAUCGGCUCAGGCGGAUUCGGCGAGGUGUUCAAGGCGACGCUGAAGGACGGCUCGUGCGUGGCCAUCAAGAAGCUGAUCCACCUGAGCUACCAGGGCGACCGCGAGUUCACGGCGGAGAUGGAGACUUUGGGCAAGAUCAAGCACAAGAACCUUGUCCCCUUGCUCGGCUACUGCAAGAUCGGCGAGGAGCGGCUGCUGGUGUACGAGUACAUGAGCCACGGCAGCCUCGAGGACGCCCUCCAUGGCCGAGCACUGCGGCUGCCGUGGGAGCGGCGGAAGCGGGUGGCGCGCGGCGCCGCCAAGGGGCUGUGUUUCCUGCACCACAACUGCAUCCCGCACAUCAUCCACCGGGACAUGAAGUCCAGCAACGUGCUCCUCGAUGGCGACAUGGAGGCCCGCGUCGCCGACUUCGGCAUGGCGCGGCUGAUCAGCGCGCUGGACACGCACCUGAGCGUGAGCACGCUGGCAGGGACGCCCGGGUAUGUGCCGCCGGAGUACUACCAGAGCUUCCGGUGCACUGCCAAGGGCGAUGUGUACUCCCUCGGCGUCGUGCUGCUGGAGCUCCUGACCGGGCGAAGGCCGACGGACAAGGAGGACUUCGGGGACACCAACCUAGUGGGCUGGGUCAAGAUGAAGGUCAGGGACGGCGCCGGCAAGGAGGUCGUCGACCCGGAGCUCGUUGUCGGCGCCGCAGACGGUGUAGAGAGGGAGAUGGCGAAGUUCCUGGAGCUAGCUCUGCAGUGCGUGGAUGACUUCCCAUCGAAGCGGCCCAACAUGCUGCAGGUGGUCGCCAUGGUCAGGGAGCUUGACGAUGCGCCGGCGUCUCAACCAGCACCAGCAUCAGCACCAGCACCAGCACUAGCACCAGUUGCUCCUCGUGACUGA